AUGUUUGUCCCAGUUGCUGUUUCUCCGUUUCGCGCUUCGACAGCCAGUUUCUCUCGUAUCUCUCAACACCAGGGUUUUCGCCGUCAUGCUUUGCGCACUCAUGUACGAUGGCUCGCUGCCGUCGCUGGUAGCGCCAAAUCGAAGAAACUAAAAACUCUUGCUUUACCCUCCGAAGCCCGACAUAACGAGAUAGGCGUCCAGCAGGUCAGCUCCCACGUAUUCAACCAAAUAUUUCCUGAUGGUGUAACACCUCCGCCCCAAGAGCUCGUUGAGCUAUCCAAGGAUCAUUUGCGUCGUCACGAUCUGCUUGGGAAGAACACCGACAAAUCCGAACCUAUAGCUUUCGAUAUUCCCCCACUGCAAGGACGCACGCUUGACGAGCACUUUCACAAGCUCGGUAUAGAUGCCGCUGAGCCCUUCCUCACAUACGCGAAGCAGUUCGCACGCGCCAAUCCACCUCCGAAGCCCCGGCAAUGGGUACACCAAAGUGGCUGGACGAAAUAUUACCCUGAUGGGACGACCGAGAAAGUUGAAGCACCCGAAGAAGAGAUGCUGUCGUUCGACACAGAGGUCAUGUGGAAGAUAAGCCCUUUUGCUGUCAUGGCCUGCGCAUCGAGCCCAACAGCUUGGUAUGCAUGGUUAUCGCCUUGGCUACUGGGAGAGACCGAAAACGAUAGGCAGUUGAUUCCUUUUGGUGAUCCUACCAAAGAUCGAAUUAUCGUCGGGCAUAAUGUGGGUUUCGAUCGAGCGCGGGUUUUGGAAGAGUACAGCUUGAAACAAACCCGGAAUGCCUUCCUUGACACCAUGUCGCUACAUGUGGCUGUAAAUGGAAUGUGCUCCCAACAACGACCUACCUGGAUGAAGCAUAAAAAGAACCGGGAGAUGCGGGAACGAGUAGCGACCGAGACCCCUGACCACGAUCUGGCGACAAUGCUGAGUACACAAGGAAUGCAUGACGAAGCAGAUCUUUGGGUCGAACGAAGCUCUGUCAACUCUCUGAGGGAUGUCGCUCAAUUUCACCUCAAUGUUUCUAUCGACAAGUCGAUUCGAAACGACUUUGGUGAGCUGGAUCGCGAAGGGGUAGUAGAAAAGUUGGAUGAGCUCCUGACAUAUUGUGCUGCUGAUGUUUCGAUUACCCACCGUGUCUACCAGAUCGUUUUCCCUAACUUCCUGUCGACCUGCCCACAUCCUGUCAGCUUUGCAGCUCUUCGACACCUCUCCUCUGUCAUCCUCCCGGUCGAUAACUCGUGGGACGCGUACAUCAAAAAUGCCGAAGCUACCUACCACAAACUCUCCGAUGCGGUUCAGGAACGCCUUAUAGGCCUUACUGAAAGCGCAUUAAGUAUGAAGGACAACCCCGAUGAGUACGAGAAUGACCCUUGGAUGCAACAACUUGACUGGUCAGGGCAAGAAAUCAAGAUGGCCAAAGGCAAGGGGGACGAACCACCAAGACCUGCAGCCAGGCAGAAGAAGCCUGGCAUGCCUAGGUGGUAUAAGGACCUCUUUCAAUCGAAUGAUUCGCCCAUCAAUAUCACUGUUCGAACACGGGUUGCUCCUUUGCUGUUAAAGAUGUCCUGGGACGGGUAUCCGCUGUUCUGGUCUGAUAAAUACGGUUGGACUUUUCGCGUACCUCGAGCGGAAGCUGCCAAGUACAAAGCCAAACAAGCGGUUGAGUGCAAGUUCGAUGAGACAGAAACCAAGUUACGUGACGAUUAUGCCCAUUCCUACUUUAAGCUCCCUCACAAAGAUGGCCCAACAGCGCGUUGUGCCAAUCCAAUGGCCAAGGGGUACUUGUCCUAUUUCGAGAGUGGUAUGCUGUCCUCCGAGUAUACAUAUGCGAAGGAAGCGCUGGAGAUGAAUGCGUCGUGCUCUUACUGGAUAAGUGCGAGAGAUCGCAUCAAGUCUCAAAUGGUUGUCUAUGACAAAGACCUUCGCGUAUUGAAUCGUACUCGUGGCAGGCGAAAGUUGAACAACCCUGGUUUUAUUUUGCCACAGAUCAUCCCAAUGGGUACCAUAACUCGCAGAGCGGUCGAGAACACCUGGCUUACGGCCAGCAAUGCCAAGAAGAAUCGUGUUGGCUCUGAACUAAAAGCAAUGGUCAAGGCGCCCAAGGGCUAUUGCUUUGUAGGAGCAGACGUCGACUCAGAGGAGCUUUGGAUUGCCAGCCUUAUUGGCGACGCAACGUUUAAGCUUCAUGGUGGAAAUGCUGUUGGAUUCAUGACAUUGGAGGGCACAAAAUCUGCUGGUACGGAUCUUCAUUCGCGAACGGCUUCCAUCCUGGGCAUUACCAGGAAUAAUGCCAAAGUCUUCAAUUACGGACGAAUCUAUGGUGCCGGUCUCAAAUUCGCAGCGACCUUAUUACGGCAAUUCAAUCCAAACCUCUCCGAAAAGGAGACCACGGAGACGGCAUCGAGACUCUACGCGAAUACCAAGGGUACAAAGACCAAUCGCAAGGUACUUUACAAGCGUCUCUUCUGGAGAGGUGGUACCGAGUCGUUCGUCUUUAACAAGCUGGAGGAGUUUGCUGAGCAAGACAAGGCUAGAACCCCGGUAUUGGGCGCCGGAAUUACUGAAGCUCUUAUGGGACGAUAUAUCAGCAAGGGUGGUUAUCUGACAUCGCGAAUUAAUUGGGCUAUUCAAUCUUCUGGUGUCGACUACCUUCAUUUACUUGUUGUCGCCAUGGAUUACCUAAUUCGUCGCUUCAACAUUGAUGCUCGAGUAGCUCUCACAGUUCAUGACGAAAUUCGAUACUUGGUCAAGGAUACGGAUAAGUACCGCACAGCACUUGCCCUUCAGGUUGCCAACGUCUGGACAAGGGCUAUGUUCUCUCAGCAGGUUGGCAUUAACGAUCUUCCCCAGUCUUGCGCUUAUUUUUCUGCCGUUGAUAUCGACCACGUUUUACGCAAGGAAGUAGACAUGGAAUGUAUCACUCCAAGUCAUCAAACCCCUAUAUCUCCAGGAGAGAGCAUCAACAUCAAUACCCUUUUGGACAAGGGCGAGGCUGCCAGGCUAGAUCCUGCCAUCGUCCCAGAUGCUAGAUACGCCCCCAAGCUCGAUCACAUUGAGUACACUACGCGCGUACCUGUUAUGCAGGGCAUCCAGGAAUCAGCUCAGGAGACGCUUCCUUUCCUCAAGGCCCAAAUUGUCAGUGAAGAACAAGAAAUUAGAGACAUCGUCUAUGCGCUACAGAAAGAAAGGUUAGCAGCGAUGCCAAAGAAGGAAAGGCCGUUGAGCAAGAAAGAGUUGCAAAGCGUGUUACCAUACAGAGCAUAUCCGCAACUUAGGCCUAUAAACGAACCAUUUAUCCUAACAGAGGCUAUGAAAGAAAAUCAUAAUCCUUAUGCGAACAAAAACAACAAGUUGGGGUUGGGAAAGUACUCGAACAAGAAUUACAGGCCAACGUGGAGGGUGUAA